AGUUUUUGUGCCGCCUUGCACCAAGAGCUCAAAGAAUACUACAGGCUCCUCUCUGUUCUGCACUCCCAGCUCCAGCUAGAAGAUGAUCAGGGUGUGAAUUUGGGACUAGAGAGUAGCCUCACACUGCGGCGCCUCCUGGUUUGGACAUAUGACCCCAAAAUAAGAUUAAAGACCCUUGCUGCGCUGGUAGAUCACUGCCAAGGGCGGAAAGGGGGUGAGCUGGCCUCUGCUGUCCAUGCCUACACGAAGACAGGAGACCCCUACAUGAAGUCCCUGGUGCAGCACAUUUUGAGCUUAGUGUCCCACCCCAUCCUGAGCUUCCUCUACCGGUGGAUAUACGAUGGAGAGCUGGAGGACACUUACCAUGAA